ACUAAAGAAAGUGAAUAAAACAGAGGCCAUGGGCUGGUCCUCUGCCUAUAUUCUGCCAGGGUCAGGUAAAUGAACUUCAGUCAGCCUGUGAUGCCCCAUGAAGGGGUCCCCCCGGGAAGGAAGGAGUUUGCAGGGGUGGAAGCCCAGCGUUCAGCGGAGAGAACUGACAUCCCGACCCGCUGAGUCACGUGGUGGGAGGGGGCUCUGUCUCUCUCUCCCCCUUCUCCUCCAUAUCCCGUCCUCUGAUGUCACAAGUCUGUUCUUCCCUGGGAGAGCUGAUUAGCAUUCAGUGGGUGCAGUUGGCCAGGAGCGAGCGGCGCGGGGGCCGGCGGGCGGGGGCGCGGCUGUCCCCCGGGAGCCGCAGUGGGACGGGGCACAGGAUGGCCGUGUUCUAACUGGGAUCCUCGCUGACGUGUGGCCGCCGGCUCCUUGGCAGCUGUCUUUUUGGACCAGUGGGCAGAGGGGAAACUGACGCUGACGAGCCUUUUGCAUCUUGGAAGGGACUGCAAUCUACUGUAGUGAAGAACAGAACCUCUCAAUCACGCGGUGUAAAUAAGAGACGGAGGGGAGUCCAAAAGAAAAGGAAGAGGAGGGGAAAAGUGUGUGUUGGGGGAGCGGGGAAAAGCAUUUUUGGUGGAUGGUAUGAAGCCAGCCAUGGAAACUGCAGCCGAGGAAAAUACUGAACAAAGCCAAGAGAGAAAAGUGAACAGCAGAGCUGAAAUGGAAAUUGGCAGGUACCACUGGAUGUACCCAGGCUCAAAGAACCACCAGUACCAUCCCGUGCCAACCCUGGGGGACAGGGCUAGCCCCUUGAGCAGUCCAGGCUGCUUUGAAUGCUGUAUCAAGUGUCUGGGAGGAGUCCCCUACGCCUCUCUGGUGGCCACCAUCCUCUGCUUCUCCGGGGUGGCCCUGUUCUGUGGCUGUGGGCAUGUGGCCCUCGCGGGCACUGUGGCGAUCCUUGAGCAACACUUCUCCACCAACACCAGUGACCAUGCCUUGCUGAGUGAGGUAAUACAGCUGAUGCAGUAUGUCAUCUACGGGAUCGCGUCCUUCUUCUUCCUGUACGGGAUCAUUCUGUUGGCCGAGGGCUUCUACACCACGAGUGCGGUGAAGGAGCUGCACGGCGAGUUUAAAACCACUGCCUGCGGCCGCUGCAUCAGUGCCAUGUUCGUGUUCCUCACCUACGUGCUGGGAGUGGCCUGGCUGGGCGUGUUUGGCUUCUCCGCCGUGCCCGUGUUUAUGUUCUACAACAUCUGGUCAACUUGUGAGGUCAUCAAGUCACCCCAGACCAACGGCACGGCCGCUGUGGAGCAGAUCUGCGUGGAUAUCCGACAAUAUGGUAUCAUUCCUUGGAAUGCUUUCCCUGGGAAAAUCUGUGGCUCCGCCCUUGAGAACAUCUGCAACACCAAUGAGUUCUACAUGUCCUACCACCUGUUCAUCGUGGCCUGCGCCGGAGCUGGUGCCACUGUCGUCGCCCUGCUGAUCUACAUGAUGGCUACUACCUAUAACUAUGCCGUCUUGAAGUUUAAGAGUCGGGAAGAUUGCUGCACUAAAUUCUAAAUUGCUUAAGGCCAACAAGGAGCUGUAGGGAGCUCUCCUCGGUAGCCUGAAAUCUCCCUGACGCCCCAGACUAAAGCCGAGUCUAGGUUGCUGCAGUUUGGUGACAGUAAUUUGUAAAUAGCUUUAGUCUACUCAUUUUGCAUUGUAGCCUAAUUAGAUGCCUUACCCUGAGUGAAUUACAGAAUGAUGAGAUCUGGCUAUUUCCACGUUGUGAAAAGAAUUCAGUUAUGUACUGACCUUGGUGAGCAUCCGUUAAAAAAACAUAAUUCUCUUGAACUUUGAGCAGUUUCUCUAAAUGAAGUGUUAAAACUUUGUAAUACCUGCCUUGUCCGUUAUUGUUGCUUGCUUGAUAACCAAUACCAGUGCUGGAGAGAUGGCAGAGAGAUGCGUUUUCAUCUGGAUUUUUUUUGUUUUCUUAGACUCUGGAAAAAAGGCAAACAUUUUAAAUUUGACUAAAACUUUUUUUUUCUGAUUACAUGGCUCACUACCAAAUACAUGCCCCUCCAAUUAGCCUGCCAGCUAGAGGACAAUGUGAAGAAUAAAGGGCACCCCGUUACCUUCUGUGAGACCAGGAUCUGUACGUGGGGUGUGUGUUCUCUCUGCACCACCCAGUCACCCCUUACCUGGUGGUGUUGUGUUCCCGGUGCGGAGCCCCUGAUUCCUCAUAGCCAGGUCUCACACCGCACAUCAGAUUCUGAGGGGAAGAGAAAUUGUGCCUGGAUCUGAAAGUCUCAAAUAUGUUGAAAAGGAAAUAGGAGGAACUGGAGAUGUAGAUUUUGGAGGAAAAUGAGUGGGCAAGAAGUGUUGGCCGCCCCCACUGUAAAGAAGAAGGAUUUGUACAUUUGGGACCUGCACUCAUGGCAGUCUUAGAACGAAAACUGGAGGUGCGCCCCUAAGCACAUGCUCACACGGAUUGCAGGCUGUGCUUAGAGGUCUUAAUUUUCCCAUGUUAACUGUGUAGUUGAUGAGUUACUCAAAAUAAGUAUCAUUCACUUGUAGGCCUUUGGGGAACUGAUUUUUAUCCACAGAGAGGGAAGACCUUUGCCCUGCACUGAUUUUAAAAAAGCACACCAGGUGUUUCUGAACGUCUAUGUUAGUUGUUAAAAUUACUCCCAAAAUGGGGGGGGGGGGGGAGAAGAAUAAAAACCACUCUCUCCUAUUUCAUUUUUGCUUUUUCUUAACAAUAACUUUGGCCAUUUUUUUCAGUUCAUCGUGUUUGUAUACUAACUUUUCUUCAGCCUCUUACUCUUAAGCAUACUAGUGGAGCAUGCUUCCAGAAUCUGAUGGCUCUGACAGCAGAAUGAGAAUUAAUACAGAAUAACCCUCUCCCUUUUGAUAGUAAAAACCGUCUAAUCUGCCUAGCAGCUUGCUUUGCCUUCUGACAUGCUCACUAGCCAUCAUGCUCACCCUUCUUUUCCAGAUCCACUUCCUCAUGAUACUGUCUUCUAACUGGGCUUACUUAAAGGAUGCAAGCAAAAUGCAGGCUUACCAGGAUAUCAAAGCAAAGGAAGAACAGGAACUGCAAGAUAUUCAGUCUCGGUCAAAAGAACAACUCAAUUCGUACACAUAAAUGUUUGCCAGAGUGUUACGGCCGACGAAUUGACCGCUCUGCCCACUCCUGAGACAGCUGCCCUGCAGUACAGAUGUGUACCCCACCAAACAACCUAAAUACUUCCCUGUCCGGCUCGAGCUGCUGGGGUGUAUUUCCAGGAACACCUUCCAGCAGGUCAAGCUUUUUCUUUAGAGCAGAUAUUGGAGGUUUCAUGUUAGCCAUUUUAAAAGGCAACACUUUGAGAAAAGGAUGAUCUUUCUGAAAUUGGUGGCAUGUUCAGGUUUAUCGCUAGAGCGAUCCUACCAGGAGAGGCGACGGGGAGCUGGCCUAUUCCUUGAGAGGGACCGAGGCUGUGCCGGCAUCAAGGAACGUGACCAUCAAUUCACAUACGCCAUCUGUCCUGCAGUCACUUUACCCCUAUAGGGAAUAAAAUGGAAUUGGGCUGGGGGGGGGGGCGUUCCAUUUCUGAUAGCUGACAUUUAUUAAACUUAGGCUCAAAGAUAAUGUGAUUCUUGACAAUUGACUUUUUAAAAUUAGCUGCCUUCCCUACCCCUUGAGUCCAGGCCACAUUAAUUUCCUGAUCCAAUUAGAAAUCUAUGUUUCAAUAAUGCUAAAAGGAACUACUAUAAUUCUGCUACACGUGCCACUGAAGAAGCUGGAUUCGGACUCCUUGACAAGCUUUCCAAAAUCAAUUUCAUAAUAGAUUUCCUUUAAAUAAAAUGGCCCAGUCGUCAUUCUUCCUGGGAAAUAAAUGUCAGCUCUGCCUUAAUGAGUAUUUGUUUUAAAUCUCUAAGAACUCAUUUUACAACAGGAGAGCCAAAUCCUUCAUAGACUUUUGUUCCACCAAGGUUUUUCUUAAUUAAGAAGUGUUACCUUAUUAAAAUGACCACCAUUCUAAACCAUUUUUAUGUGGUCUGAACAGCAAGUUUACAGUUUCGUACCAACGAUCUAAAAUCUAAUUACAAAUAGACCACAGACCUCCACCUCCUCCUUUUAGACUUGAAUACUUAAGUAAUUUCAAUUAGGGUUGGUAUUUAUUUCAUUUUUUAAAUCUUUCCUGGAAUAAUAAAAGUCGGACGUUCAGCAAAAAAACACCUGCUUGAGUUUAAGCCAUUUUCAAAAGAAACUUGCCUUCUAAAGCAUUGUGUUCCAGAACAUUAAGUGAUUAUAGGUAUUGGGUAUUAGUGACGGUAAGCUUUGUGUUGUUCUUUAUGAAAUGAUACAUAUAACUGUCGGGUGCAUCAGUGCUUUUUAAAAGAGGCUGCAUAAUAUAGGGUUAACCAUGUAUAUUCGUGUUAAGAAGUAACUUGUGGUUUGGCUGUUUCCUGGAUUUUAAAACAUAUACAUGUGCAGAAAUGUAUUAAAAUGAAAGGAAGCAUACCUUUAUCAAGAUGCUAUUAAAAUUGAACUUCAAGUAUAUUUCAUUUGGAUUCUUUUUGUUGUUGUUAAUGCCUAAAAAUGCCUAUUUGGAUCUUGACUUUUUUUUUUUUUCAAUUGGGAGAAGCUCUCUUUUGUGUAGAACAGUUGUUCCAGAAUAGCUUGUUUUGUUUUCCUGUUGCAUGACAGACUUAAAUUUUUUUUUUCCAGCAGUGGAGGUGCUGUUAGAGUCCAGUAUUCUAGAACAGGCAGUGUCUCAAGCCUAAUUUUACUUUUCUAAUUCUGGUAGCUAUUACCAGGAAUUUUUGAAAGUUUUGUUUAAGUAGUCUAAUAUUUUUUAUGUAAAGAGCAUUAAAUUUUGCUAUGUAUAAAUUUUUGUAACCUAACAGUGAAUCAAUAUUUUCUAUCAGUGCCAAGGGCUUCCUGUAGUUCUAUUCAAGUGUUACAAUAAAUAUUUGUAGAUAAUAGUCAAUACUUGUGUAUGCUUAUUUUAAAGAUCUAUUUAGGUGGAAAUAGUUGUGGAUGUACUAAGAGUAAUGCAAUAAAAGUAUAGCUUCACUCACUUGCCUUUUUACCAUACAUAAAUACUAUCUUCCUCUGUC